AUGGAGUUGAGCCAGGAAUCUAUCCACGAUGUUAUCCACCCUACUGCAGCUUUCUCGGGCCCUCCACCAAGUCAUAAUCUGAACUUGGAGGCCCAGAGCGCGCAGUCUGUUGGCUGGCAAGACUCACUGCUGAACCCCAAGAAUCGUAUUGACAGUUUGAGCCCACUGGAGCGGCCUCUUUGGCGCAUUGAUGGCUGCACUGCUUUCGGAAGCCAGCUCUACGCUGUACCUUUAUUCAUCGAUCCCAUGCCUCCGAUACGGAUGGAUGUUUUCAUCCCCGAGCCUUCCAAGCUUUCACCCGACAUUCGAAAUGUCCUUGAUGUUGAUGUGGCAUUUCAUACCACAAGUGCGAAGCGUAUUGCGCAUCUCGGCAUCACUCAGCAUGUGCUCCGUAUUCUACAAUAUUGGACUUCCCACCAGCAGGAUCCUACAGAAAUUUUCACGAACAUUCCGUUCGGUUCCAGGAUCGUAUUCAAAAACUUGCCCAUGAACGUUGCUGCCGCAGAGGUCAUUAUCGCACGAACUCAUUACCUGGAGCGCCAACUCUUGUCCGUAUCCUCUCUCGAGAAGGCCUGGGGUAGUGAUGUUCAGUUACCUCCUACAGUCAAUCUCGAUGGCGUGGUAUAUGUCUCACAGCUGCACGACAGUGUUUGUCUGGUCAAAAUCGAAGGCAAAACGUGGAUCUUCAAGGCCCUUACCAGUUACACCAAGUACCUCUAUCACGAACUCAGGCAGCUUCUCACCAUCCAGCCACACCCUAACAUUGUUUCUCGGCCCGUACAUCUGGUUACAAAGAAAUGCGGCUUCGGUAGCAAAGUGGCUGUUAUCGGGUUCACGCUUGAGUACCAUAUUCACGGCAGCCUGCGUGAUCUGAUUCCUUUCCUCAAGCUUCACAACAUGGUGUCGUUGGCCGACGAGACAAAAUGGGCGAUCCAGCUGGCAUCAGCAUUGGUACAUCUUCGUGCGACAUCCAGUAUCUUCUAUCCGGAUCUCAGACUAGACAACAUCGUUCUUUCUGCUGCUAGAGAUGCCAUCAUGGUUGAUUUCGAACAGCGUGGAGUCUGGUGCGAGUUUGCCGCUCCCGAGGUCAACGCGCUUGAGUAUGUGAGAUUGCUUGCCAUUGAUGAAGAAAUCCCGGCAGAGGUCAGUGAGAAGUAUUCGAACCUUUUGACAGAGAUGCUUCCCGAGUGGCAGACGAUGGGAGAGACUGAGGAGUACAAGUGGCCCUCCGAAGGCUACAACGUCCCCUGGGCAUGUCUCACUCCCAAGGAGCAGGAGGCAUGCGAGGUGUAUAUGCUUGGUCGGGUAUUGUGGUGCAUCUUUGAAGGGAAUAGUGCUCCCCAAAGAGCCGCGGUCUGGCUUUCAUACCGAUGGGAGCCGCUUGUCGAGUUUCCAGGAUACACCAAGACUCCUGGAGCGAUGCAGCGUCUAAUUAAUCGGUGCACUCGUGGACGGCAGGCUGGCCUUAGUAGACUGAUUGUAAGAGAGAGGAACCAGCUAGUGCUCCGCGAGCUCGAGAAGACGGGACUCUCUACUGCAGACGAUGUGCAGCGGAUUGCAAAGAAAUGGUGGUCGAGAGAGAUCGAUGCAUCGGAGCAGUGGCUCAGACAACGAAUCGAGGGUAUGAAGAGGGGCGAUUGGAGAGAGAACUAUUACGAUCGACCUACUCUGAAGGAAGUUCUUGCGGAACUUGAGACUUUUCGCGACGAGGCGGGAUUCAUGUUUUGA